GCUUCUUACAGGGAGGGGGCACCAGCCUGAGCAAACUCAUAGCACUGAGCAAGCAUUGCUAAAUCACCGCUCUCCAAGGUAACAAAACAAUAUAGAAUAGGGUUGACGGCGUGCAACAAGCACAGAGCCUCCAUCGACACGAUAAGGCGCUUUCCCGUGGAAUGAGCAUUCCAUGCAGCAUCCUAGGUAUGAAUGACGUGGCCUGGCAGGAGACGAGAGGUGGGAUGCUGCAUGCAAACGGCGCUCCCGAGUCCGGGGGUGUCCGGGUCCAUGCUGGCGGACCCCUCGCCACAGUUGGGGUGACUGGGCCAGCUCCUGGAGGACCACACUUACAGGGCAUGGACAGAAGCUCUAACCCUGCCCCGGGCACGCCGCAGCCUCCGCUGAGUGGGAGAUCUCAGGACGACGCCACGGUCGGAUACUUCUUUCAGCGGCAGCCCGGAGAGCAGCUCGUUGGUUGUGUACCCGGUAAACACCGCUGGCCGACUGGAGAUGCUAAUCACAUUGAUCAGGUUCGAGUUGUAGAUGAAAUGAAUUAUGACUUUCAAGCUCUUGCUUUAGAGUCCAGAGGGAUGGGAGAGCUUUUACCAGCGAAAAAGAUCUGGGAUUCUGAUGAGUUGCCCAAAGAUGGAAGGAAAGGGAUGCUUCUCGGAGAGGAGUGGCGGGACAAUGCGUGGGGACCAUCUCAUCAUUCGAUGUCUCAGCCCAUCAUGGUGCAGCGGCGACCAGGCCAGAGCUUCCACGGAAACGGUGACGCUAACUCGGUGCUUUCACCCCGCUCCGAAGGCGGAGGCCUCGGGGUGAGCAUGGUGGAAUACGUCCUGAGCUCCUCUCCUGGCGACAAAAUGGACGUGCGCUACAGGAACGGAGGCUUUGGUGGAGGAGAUGCUGACCAAGAUGGGAGAGAAAAACCUGAUGCGCAAGAGAAGGUGUCACCUUUUGAAGAAGACAAAAACCCUGAGAUGAAGGUUGGAGAGGACGGUGAUCCUACCAAGGCCAACGGAAGAGGGCUGCUAAACGGCAUGGAUAGAGACUGCAAAGAUUUCAACCCGACUCCUGGGAGCCGUCAAGCUUCCCCCACCGAGGCGGUGGAGAGGAUGGGUCCCAGUCAGACGGGUUUGGAGAUGAUGGGGCAGCACCACCCUCACGUCCUCCAACAACAGAAUCCUGUCCAAAACAAGGUCCCAACCGAGGACUUCCAGAGCCACGAGGCCCACAACAUGGGCGGUAUGGAGCAGCCGACCGGCGUGGAGUCCUUACAGUUUGACUACGCCGGGAACCAGAUCCAAGUGGACUCCUCGGGAACUCCUGUAGGAUUGUUUGACUACAGUUCCCAGCAACAGCAGCUGUUCCAGAGAUCUAAUCCCCUGACUGUUCAGCAGCUUACAGCAGCUCAGCAGCAGUAUGCUCUGGCUGCAUCUCAGCAGCAGCAUCUCGCCGGACUCGCUCCUGCAUUCGUGCCAAACCCUUACAUCAUUAACGCUGGCCCCCCCGGAACUGACCCCUACACUGCCGCUGGGCUAGCAGCAGCCACACUCGCAGGCCCCACAGUUGUUCCGCCACAAUACUACGGAGUUCCGUGGGGUGUGUAUCCAGCCAAUCUUUUCCAGCAACAAGCAUCAACUGCCAAUCAUUCGGCUAAUCAGCAAGCAUCCAAUCAGGGACCAGGACCAGGUCAACCACAGGUGAUGCGAACAGGAACCAACCAGCGACCUCUGACCCCAGGCCAAGGACAGCAGAGUCAGCAGGAGUCUUUAGCUGCAGCAGCUGCUGCGAACCCUGCACUGGCUUAUGCAGGAAUGCCUGGUUAUCAGGUAUUGGCCCCUGCUGCGUAUUAUGACCAAACUGGAGCUUUAGUGAUGGGCCCCGGUGCCCGAACCGGUCUGGGUGGGCCUGUUCGUCUGGUCCAGACGCCUCUCCUCAUCAACCCUGCUGCAGCACAAGCUGCUGCAGUGUCUGCAUCCGGUUCUGGUAACAGCAUGUCCGGACCUCCAGCCAAUGGCUUGUACCGCUCCAUGCCUCAGCCUCAGCCACAGCAGCAGCAGCAGCCUCCCCCACCCAGCAGCGGUCUGCCCUCCAGCUCUUUCUACGGGUCCGGAUCGGUCCCCAACACCUCUCAGAGUAGCUCCCUUUUCUCCCACAACUCUGCUGCGCCUCCCCACAGCUCCUCCCUGGGCUUCAGCAGCACGGCCGGCUCUCUGGGCAUGGGUCUGGGUUCUGCUCUUGGAGGCUUUGGCUCCUCAGUUUCCAACUCCACCAGUAGCAGCGUGUCUCGCAGGGACUCUCUGCUGGCCAGUUCUGAUCUCUACAAACGGGGCGGCAGCAGCUUGACCCCCAUUGGCCAGCCGUUUUACAACAGCCUGGGUUACUCCUCCUCACCCAGUCCCAUUGGCCUAACACCUGGCCACUCCCCACUCACACCUCCACCUUCUCUGCCCUCCUCCCACGGAUCAUCCUCCAGUCUUCACCUAGGUGGCCUGACGAAUGGCAGCGGGCGUUACAUUUCUGCUGCUCCCGGAGCCGAGGCCAAAUACCGCAGCACCGGCGGCACCUCCAGUCUGUUCAACUCCAGCAGCCAGCUGUUCCCUCCCUCCCGGCCUCGUUACAGCCGCUCCGACGUCAUGCCCUCCGGGCGCAGCCGCCUCCUGGAGGACUUCAGGAACAACCGUUUCCCCAACCUGCAGCUCCGCGACCUGCCGGGACACAUGGUGGAGUUUUCUCAGGACCAGCAUGGAUCCAGAUUCAUCCAGCAGAAGCUUGAGAGAGCCACUCCAGCAGAGAGGCAGAUGGUGUUCGGAGAGAUUCUCCAGGCUGCGUAUCAACUCAUGACUGAUGUUUUUGGGAAUUAUGUCAUCCAGAAGUUCUUUGAGUUUGGGAGUGCAGACCAGAAGCUGGCCUUGGCAACACGUAUCCGUGGGCACGUCCUCCCCCUGGCUCUGCAGAUGUACGGCUGUCGGGUCAUUCAGAAAGCCUUGGAGUCCAUCUCCUCAGACCAGCAGGUAAUUAGUGACAUUGUACGUGAGUUGGAUGGUCACGUGCUAAAGUGUGUGAAGGACCAGAAUGGGAACCACGUGGUGCAGAAGUGCAUUGAAUGCGUCCAGCCUCAGGCCCUGCAGUUCAUUAUCGAUGCCUUCCAGGGACAGGUGUUUGUGCUUUCCACACAUCCUUAUGGCUGCAGAGUUAUCCAAAGGAUUUUGGAGCACUGCACUCAGGAGCAAACCCUGCCCAUCCUGGAUGAGCUGCAUCAGCAUUCUGAACAGCUGGGCCAGAAAUAUCAAGGCGUAUCAUUGGAGAUGACACCCAAAACAUAUUAUACAGUGUCCCGUGAUGCGCUGUUCAAGGAUCAGUACGGUAACUACGUCAUUCAGCAUGUUUUGGAGCACGGCAGACCAGAGGACAAAAGCAAGAUUGUGGCAGAAGUUCGUGGAAAAGUUCUUGUCCUGAGCCAGCAUAAGUUUGCGAGUAACGUCGUGGAGAAGUGUGUGAUCCACUCCUCGCGUGCAGAGAGAGCUCUCCUGAUCGAUGAAGUGUGCUGCCAGAAAGACGGGCCCCACAGCGCCCUGUACACCAUGAUGAAGGACCAGUACGCAAACUAUGUCGUCCAGAGAAUGAUCGACAUGGCAGAACCCGCUCAGCGCAAAAUCAUCAUGCACAAGAUCCGGCCUCACAUCGCCACUUUGCGUAAGUACACAUAUGGGAAGCACAUUCUGGCCAAGCUGGAAAAGUACUACAUGAAGAGCGGCUCAGAACUGGGCCCCAUCGGCGGCCCCACAAACGGACUCAUGUAGUCGACGCUGCCGGGUCCCCCCAGAGAAGAGGAGGAGCUGGAACGCCAAACCCCCUGUUCUGUGAGAGAUCGCCCCCUUUUAGCCAUAAGGCUUCGCCUUCGACACUCUGUCAUCCCCUGUUUUCAGGAGGAGGGGGGUGAACUACCAAAAAAUAAAAUAAAAAAGACAAGUCAAUUUCACCUAAGAAUGCUGUGACAACUGACGCCUGCCACUCUGCCACCCCUGCUGGGGGUCCCAUCAUGGGCCUCAGGGGGCUGCACAGUCAGCAGGCUGUUUUAUUUUUCUCUUCUCCGUUCUUUCCUGGGUAAAGCACAAACCCACUGAGGAUGUAUUGGACUGGUUUUCAUAUUAUCUUGUACAUUUCCUUUUUUUUUACCUUGUAAAUUGUGUGUAAAGAUAAACAAAAAAACAAUUACACAUUUGCUGAAAUUUACAAUUCUUACAAUUAACACCAGCAAGUGACUUUAUAAAAUGAAACUGAGUGAUCCUUUUAAAACAGAAUUCUAUGGUUUUUUUCUAACCAGAUUUAUUAUGUCAGCUGUCCUGAUGAAGUCAAGGUAAUCGAACUUUAUAUUUGUAUAUUGUCCCAUGCCAAAGCAGCUAAUGAGUUAGUUUUCAAACAGCACUACAGACCGGACCCUUCAUUCUGCACGAGAGCAGUUGAAAGGUCCUCAAGACUUGAUUUUCUUUUUUUUUUAAUAGCUUGGCGUUGGAGAUCAGUGUUUUAGUGUUCUGGUUGUGGCUUUUUCUUGCCUCUUUUCCAGAUUUGGUUAAAGGGGAUGGGGGGGCAUGUUUACUCCAGCAGUUGUUUCGGUACUAAAUCUGCCACAAGCUGAUAAAACCUGAGCUGCUGCGUUCGUUGAGCCCUGUUCUGAGCCCUUUUUUAUUUCUUCCUUUCCUUGAUCCAGGUGAUCAUUCUGGGUUUAUAUAAGAAAAUUUCAUAAAGAGGCGGAGCAUGAGGUUUGGUUGUACAGCUGAUGUGGUUUCGUCUUAAAGUGACCAUGUAGGGAGCUUUUUGAGGGGAUGGGGGGUGGGGGCGGGGGGUCUGCAUUAGCAUGCUGUGACCAGUUUUAAUAUUUGAAAUAAUUAUUUUUUUCUUUAUCAUGUUUUGUGUAACAUCUGUCUCGUAGAUGAACACUGCCCUAGAAAACGGUAUAUUUACGUACUGAAUAAUCAUCUCUUUGCGUAGAUGUAGUUUAGCGAUGUAUAGCAUUUUUUUAUGUAUGAGUUUAAAAACAAGGAAGUUGGGUUGGGGGAUUGUUUGCAACGGGAUACUCACCAACCUAAAGUUCAAGAGCUGUCGAGAAAAGAAAAUGUAAAAAAAUAAAAAUAAUAAUUUGUGAAGUUUAUCAGCUUUGUUCGUCUGAGGUGAAAUGAACUAGAAGUAGUUGAUGAUUUGAAGAAAGGGAAGUUUAAAGAACCUAUUGUAAUGGUUCUGUUUUUUUGUUAAUAUAUAAAGAUUUUUUUAAUUAAAACUAUUCUUAUUAAUUGGUUGGGUAUGCAAGUGCAGUAUAUUGGUGGCCGGUUGAGGUGGGCGGGGCCAUUGAAAGCUAUACAAUUCACCUGUAAUGCUCGUAGUGACGGCUUCUUUGCUUCAUAAGAAUUGUAGAUUACGUGUAGUAUAUGUGCAGUUAAGUGUAAGAUUAGUUGAAAAUAUGUCUAGUCGUGGUGUUUGACAGGCCUUGCUCUAAAUUUCUAGUGAUGCUUUUAUUUUGUCUGUACAGUUGUACAUUUGUAAACGUUGAUGCUGUAAAUGGGACGUCUUUUACACUUUUUUUUUUUUUUUCCGGGGAGACAAAGCCUAAAAAUGUCCAUUUAGAUGUGUGUAUAUUCAUCACUCCUUUCACCCCCUCACUUUUUGAAUAUAAUGUAUACAGUUUUAUUUGAUCGAGUGUUAUUUUAAAGAAAAAACAAGAAGAAGAAAAAAUAUAUAUGGCUUUGCAAUCUGGCAUGGUUUUUGUUUUUAAUUUGUUAUAUAAAGGCCAGCCUCUAUUUGUACUGAAGCUGUAACACCCACUGUUGAUAGUCUUCUGUGUGACAAGUUUAAAAGAGACAAAAACAGCAACGAUCUAGAAGCGAGGCUGCGGUCAGUCCUCUCUACCACCAUGGAAACGUCACAGGAUACGACAAGAAUUAUUUUUGUACAGAAGAGUGCUGUAUUUUGGAACAGCUUCUACCUUGUAAGCAAAAGCGUUGUAAAAUAUUGUCAAUUAUAUAAAUAUGAACAUAUGAGUUUUGUCACACUGUCGAAGUCAUGUACAUUUUCAGGUGGCCUUAUGUACAUUUCCAGAUGUUAGAUGAAGAAAACAAAUUCAAUUUUUGGAAGCAGAAUUGUGACUAUGUAUGAUUAAACUGUUCUUCUAACA